AUGUCCGCCGCUGCGGGUGCUCGGGACCGCGACUCUUCAGGUGGUUCAAACUUGGACAGUUUGAGGCCAAAUGGGAAAGGCCUGUUUGUGGACCAAAGCUCCCGGGGUCAGGAUAAACCAGAUAACUUGCUUCCAAGACAGACUAAAUCCAAGUCGGAAAUUACCGACAUGGUUCGCUCUUCCACUAUCACAGUCUCAGACAAGGCUCACAUUUUGUCGAUGCACAAGUUUGGGCUACGAGAAACACUGGUGAAAUCACAUCUGAUGCAGAAAGAGGAGGAUUAUACCUAUAUCCAGAACUUCAGGUUUUUUGUGGGAACGUACAAUGUGAAUGGACAGUCCCCCAAAGAAUGCCUUCGGCCUUGGCUAAGUCAUGGUAUCCAGGCCCCAGAUGUAUACUGUGUAGGGUUCCAGGAGCUUGAUCUGAGUAAGGAGGCCUUUUUCUUCCAUGACACCCCGAAGGAGGAAGAGUGGUUUAAAGCUGUAUCAGAGAGUCUUCAUCCAGAUGCCAAGUAUGCAAAGGUGAAAUUCAUCCGACUGGUUGGGAUUAUGCUGCUAUUAUAUGUCAAACAGGAACAUGCAGCACACAUCUCAGACGUGGAAGCUGAGACCGUGGGGACGGGCAUCAUGGGGAGGAUGGGCAACAAAGGAGGAGUGGCCAUCAGGUUCCAGUUCCACACCACCAGCAUCUGCGUCGUGAACUCGCACCUGGCAGCCCACACAGAAGAGUACGAGAGGAGGAACCAGGACUUUAAAGACAUCUGCUCUCGGAUGCAGUUUUGUCAGGUUGACCCGAGCCUUCCCCCUCUCACCAUCGGCAAGCACGAUGUGAUCUUGUGGCUGGGGGACCUCAACUAUAGGAUAGAAGAGUUGGAUAUGGAAAAAGUGAAAAAGCUCAUCGAAGAGAAGGACUUUCAAACCCUGUAUGCUUAUGACCAGCUGAAAGCUCAGAUGGCUGCAAAGGCAGUCUUUGAAGGCUUCACAGAAGGUGAACUCACGUUCCAGCCUACCUAUAAAUAUGAUACUGGCUCCGACGAGUGGGAUACCAGUGAGAAGUGUCGCGCUCCUGCCUGGUGUGACCGGAUCCUCUGGAAAGGGAAGAACAUUACUCAGCUGAGUUACCAGAGCCACAUGGCCCUGAAGACCAGUGACCACAAGCCUGUCAGCUCCGAGUUUGACAUUGGGGUGAGGCUUAAAGAUGAAGAGCUUUACCGGAAGGCUCUGGAGGAGAUUGUUCGAUCCCUGGACAAGAUGGAAAAUGCCAACAUUCCUUCUGUGUCGCUCUCCCGGCUGGAGUUCUGUUUUCAGAAUGUGAAGUACAUGCAAUUGCAAGUGGAAUCCUUUACAAUUCAUAAUGGACAAGUACCCUGUCAGUUUGAAUUCAUCAACAAGCCUGAUGAAGAGUCUUACUGUAAGCCGUGGCUGAAUGCCAAGCCCAGCAAAGGGUUCCUCCUGCCAGAUUCGGCCGUUGAGAUUGACUUGGAGAUAUUUGUAAGUAAGACCAUGGCUACAAAGCUCAACUCUGGUGAAGACAAAAUUGAGGACAUUCUUGUUUUGCACUUGGAGAGGGGAAAGGAUUACUUUUUGUCUGUGUCUGGGAACUACGUGCCCAGCUGUUUCGGAUCUCCCAUUCAUACACUGUGCUACAUGAGGGAGCCGAUCUCUGACCUGCCGCUUGAAACUGUGAGAGAGCUGACUCUGAUGCCACUCUGGAAUGAAGAUGAUGGCAGCCAGCUGGAGAACCCCAUGGAAAUCCCCAAAGAGCUCUGGAUGAUGGUUGACUUCCUGCACCGAUAUGCUGCCCAGGAGGAGGAUCUGUUUCAACAGCCAGGCCGAAGGUUGGAAUUUGAGCAAAUCAGGGACUGUUUGGAUACUGGAAUGAUUGAUAACCUUGAUACCCUCUCCCUUAGCAACCACUCCGUAGCCGAAGCCUUGCUGCUUUUCCUGGAGAGCCUGCCAGAGCCCGUCAUCUGCUACAGCGCCUACCAUAACUGCUUGGAGUGUUCUGGAAACUACACAGCCAGUAAACAGGUCAUUUCUACUCUCCCCACAUUCCACAAAAAUGUCUUCCACUACUUGCUGGCGUUUUUGCGAGAGUUGCUGAAAAAUUCAAAAAAAAAUCAUUUGGAUGAGAAUAUUCUAGCUAGCAUAUUUGGCAGCUUAUUGCUUCGAAACCCAGCUGGUCAACAGAAGCUUGAAAUGGCAGAGAAGAAGGCUCAAGAAUUUAUUCACCAGUUCCUCUGCAACUCACCCUGA